AUGGAGACAGUUGCUGAGCCUGUUGUCUCUUUUGUUGUUGAAAGGAUCGGUGAUUGGUUGAUUAAAGAAGCCAACCUGUUAACGGGAGUACGUUCUCAGGUUAAGGAAAUUGGAGAUGACCUAAUCCGGAUGAAAUGCUUCCUAAAAGAUGCAGACGCAAAGCAUAAAGCAGGAGCCAUAGAGCGCAACUUUGUUAUAGAGAUUCAAGACAUCGCUUAUGAUGCUGAAGAUGUUAUCGAAACUUUUCUCCUCAGGUUAUCAUUUAGGAGGGAGAGAAGAAGAGGUGAUAUCCAAUAUUUUUUUAUAAGAUAUGGCUUCGUCUUUAACAAAUUUAUAGAUCGCCACAAUGUUAGGUCAAAGAUCAAGGCUAUUAAAGUCAGAAUUUCUCAACUUUCCACAAGUUUACAAAAUUAUGGUAUAAGAUCUAUAGCGGAAGGUGAUCAAGGGUCAUCAAGUUCAGCACACGAAAGGCAACGUCUACUAAGGCGAACAUAUCCUCAUGUCUUUGAAGAGGAUUUCAUAGGCCUGGAGAAUGAUGUGAAGAAAUUGGUGGAACAUCUGUUGAAUGAAGACAAAGAUAGUGGCAACUGGCAUCAAACUGUUUGUAUCAGUGGCAUGGGUGGUUUGGGCAAGACCACUCUUGCUCAAAAAGUGUACAACCACAACGAUGUGAAGCGUCACUUUGAUGGUCUUGCUUGGGCUUGUGUAUCACAGCAACCCCAGAAACAAGAUGUUUUGCAAGGGAUCCUUAUCAAACUUAUCCCUGAGAAGGAGGAGGAGGAGAUUCGCCGUAUGAGAGAUGAGGAUCUAACCGGGCUACUCCAUCAAGUCCAACUUGAUAAAAGAUGCUUAAUAGUUCUUGACGACAUUUGGGAAAAGGGGGACUGGGACAUCUUGAAAUCUGCAUUUCCCAUUGGAGAAAGGAGCUGCAGCAAAAUAUUGCUCACCACACGUAAUAAAUAA